GUGGCACCAUUCGUUUCUCUCUACGACUUGACUCGACGCGCGGGCAGACGCGGGGGCUCCAACCGAGGAGGAAGCUCAACGCGCGGAGCGGUUCGGUUCGGUUCGGCUCGGCUCGGCUCGGCUCGGCAUUAGCGAACCCCGUUCUCUGGCUCAGUCACAAGCGACCCACACGCGGCGGAGAGGGGCGACGCUAUGGCGACGCUGGGACCGGAGGCGGCUCGCCCCCCUCACCCCCAGCUCGGUUCUCCGGCGUCGGUCCAGACGCACAACCUGCCGCCGAACCGCGGCUUGGAGCGGGCGCUGGAGGAGGCGGCGGCCAGCGGCGUCCUCGGCCUCAGCUCCCGAAAACUGAAGGAGUUUCCUCGGACGGCCGCCAACCACGAUCUGACGGACACGGUGGAGGCAGACCUGUCGAAGAACCGCUUGGCAGACGUCCCCUCAGAGGUCUGUCACCUGGUUGCCUUGGAGACGCUAAACCUGUAUCACAACUGCAUCAGGACCAUCCCCGACAGCAUCAUCGGCCUGCAGUCGCUCACCUCCCUAAACCUCAGUCGGAACCAGCUGGGCUGUCUGCCGGCCUGUCUCUGUAGUUUACCUCUGAGAGUCCUCAACGCCAGCAACAACAGGCUGGUGGGUCUGCCGGAGAGCAUCGGACGGCUGCACGGCCUCAUGGAGCUGGAUGUCAGCUGCAACGAGAUCACGGCUCUUCCUCGUCACAUCGGCCGACUCAAGACUCUGCGAGAACUAAACGUUCGGCGAAACCUCCUUUGCGUCCUGCCAGAAGACCUGGCCGACCUUCCUCUAGUCAAGUUUGACUUCUCCUGUAACAAGGUGUCGACCAUCCCGGUGUGUUACAGGAAGAUGAGGCAGCUGCAGUCGCUCCAACUGGAGAACAACCCGCUGCAGAGUCCACCCGCUCAGAUCUGUAUAAAGGGUAAAGUUCACAUAUUCAAGUAUUUGAGCAUGGAAGCAUGUCGCAGUGAGAAGAUGCCCGACGCCCUCUACCUGCCUGUGAUUGAGCGACUCAGCCUGUCACGGCCCACCAACGGCAGUGUGGACGACAUGGAGCAGCAGAAGAAGCAGGACAGUGACUCAGGGGUCGGCAGCGACAACGGAGACAAGCGUCUGUCGGCUACUGAGCCGUCAGAUGAAGACAGUCUGAGUCUCAACGCGCCGAUGAGCCACAUCACAGAGGAGCAGGGCUUCAGUAAAGACGACUCCAGUGAGCACAUCAGCUCCCUGACGGCGGAUCCAAACUCCGACUCUGUGCGUCUGAUCGAGGAGAGUCCUACCGAAGCCCUGAGGGACCAGUUCAGCUACCGAGACUCCAGCCUCAGCACUCGCUUCGUCAGCUACAUCAAGGGGCGGACGGCCGCAGACUUCGAUGAGCCGCUCAGAAUUGAAGAAGACUCUCAGUGGCCCCAGCAGCAAAUCAGGUCAAAGGUCACGAGAGGAACAGAGCUGCACAUUGACAUGAUCAACCAGUUGAAGGAGGCUGUGGAGCUCCUGCAGGACCCCAGCAGAGCGAGCAUGGAGCAGGACGACCUGUCUGGAGUCCACCUCUACCCGGUGGAGAUGGUGACGGUGGAGGAGUCGCUCAAUGGGCAGGACAGUGACGACGGAGCCUCCACGCCGAAGCAGCACGACGAUGGAGGCUAUGAGUUCCAGAAGAAGAGACAGAUGAUUCUAGAGAAGGCCAGGUUUGAGGCCCAGCUUGCAUGUCGCCAGUAUGAGUGGCAUAUGUCCAUCAAGCGAGACGACAGAUCUCCAGCCAGCGGUCCGCCGUCGUUCCCCUCCACCCCGUUUGGCCUGAAGCCACGUUCAGCCCCUCCCUCGCUGCCCUGCUCGCCUCCUCCUUCCACUCUCGACCCCUCCCUCCUCUCACAGGCAUCGGCCCUCCGUAGGGAAUCCCCUGGUAGCCAUGACGAUGGAGGCGUGCACUGCCGCGUUUUCCUGCGGAGCCACAAGAGUCUGGAGUCAGUGGAUCCUCAGUUCACCAUGAGGAGGAAGAUGGAGCAGCUGCGGGAGGAGCUGGAGCUGAUGGAGCAGCUGAGAGACAGCAUCGAGAGCAGGCUGAAGAUCGACCUUCCCGAGGACCUGGGCUCGUCUCUCAUGGACGGCGUGGUCCUCUGCCAUCUGGCCAAUCACAUUCGCCCGCGCUCUGUGGGCAGCAUCCACGUCCCCUCCCCCGCCGUGCCCAAGCUCAGCAUGGCCAAGUGUCGGAGGAACGUGGAGAACUUCCUGGACGCGUGCAGGAAGAUUGGUGUGACAGAGUCUUCCCUCUGUUCGCCCUAUGACAUCAUUCAGCGGCGCCUGCAGCCGGUUCGCGCCACAGUUCGGGCACUGGUUGCCUUGGAUACGUCUCCGAACAGGAAACGGGAGGCGGCGAUGUCAUCUCCAAACCGCAUGUCCUCCGGGGCAGCAGAGGCUCCCACAUUGGUGUCCGUCACCACUCAGACUCCGCCCCCUGCCUGGCAAAUCUGGGACCUUAUUGGCUCCAGCCUGGUUCACAUCCUCUGCCUGGUUCUGCUUUUUGUGGCCUAUACUUGGAGUGAGCUGACGUAACCACGACAACAGUUUCCUGUCGAUCACCUGCAAUCACAGCUCUCCUGUUUCUGCCCACCCCCCUUUUUUUUGGUUGAUGCAUUUAUGUUGCACAGGAAAUAUUAUGCUCAGAAUUUAACAGAAUGCAGAUUCUGAAUAAGCUCUCUGGAAAUCGGUCAUUUUGUGUAGAAGCCGCUGAGGUUCAGCAGGAGAGUGAAGCUGUCACAGGUCAGGCUGUCUGCAUCCGCCUCUUAGCCCAGAAACGCUGGUGAUGAGGAGACUGUAACUGUCUUCUCGCACCUGCUCAUCAUUUCACUGCUUCUCACAGACUGGUCGUUGUCAGAUUUUCUAAAACCUUUGCUAAAGUUAGUUACACAAUACAUUUAUCAAGAAGCUGAGACUCCCGUGUUCUCCUGUUGUGAUAAUCAGCCAGCGUCUCUCACCUGCUGCUUCACAGAUGUUUUACCUCCAAAGUGAAGUGACAGUGAAGCUUCUAGGGAAGCAGUGAGUGUGAAGCAGCAGGCAACGUGAGGCCAUGAAAGAGCCCCACGGGGUCAGAGGUUCUGAUAUUCCGCUGGUACUGAAGGUCCACACAUGAUUGAACUGCACAAGCACAUGAUGCCUGAAUGGACGAACUGAAUGCAUCACUGGCCACUGAGUAGUGGAGGGUUAUUGAUCCGUGGGCCGGUACCAGCUGCACACAGUGACGGAAGCCAUAUGCCAGUAGUUAUUAACUAGUUGCUUUUUAUUUAGUGACUUAUUAGGCUGAAUAAUUAUUUCAUAUUAUUGCGAGUGAGGUGUACUUACUUCUUUAAACAAACGGCAUGUUCGGAUUCCAGCCAGCGUCUGAGUCUGGAGGGUCACUGUUUCCAGAGGGCCCUUCACAGGCGUGAAGAGUGUUAUUAAAUGGGACGUUGGCUUUCUACUGCAUGGAUUGGAUUGUAUUCAUGGCCUGUGUUUGACUUUUGAUCGUGUGAAAGUCUGAAGUAAUAAAUGCUGUUUAGGGACGUCGUCUGUUUCACCCAGUGUUUGACAUGAAAUCACACAGCAGUGAAAAAAGAUGCUUUGUCCUUGAUAUAACAUAAAAAUAGGUAUUUUUCCAAAACUUUCCAGACUGACAUUUUUCUGACUAAUCAGUAGUUAAGUUGUCUCCAUGUUUUCAGAUGUUUGCUAAUGAGCAGUGCUUCCUACCAACAUGAAAUGGGCUUAAACUGUUUUAUGUUCAUUUUCCUUCCAAAUAAUUACAAGAACAACUUCUGGAAAGCGCGAGGUUUUAACUGCAUGUCUCUAACCCUGUUCUUCAACUUGUGUCUCCUGCCUGUGAACCCAUCAGGACCGGCUGUGUCUGCCUCACCACAUCCUGGAGGAGAAGGGCCUGGUGAAGGUGUGCAUGACUGUGCAGGCGCUGGUGGAUGAGGCUUUGUUCAAACAAAGCCCCCUGACGUGAGCGGAGGCUCCUGUCACUGCUACGGACCACAAGUGCACCGUUCUGCAUCCUGUCCGCUAGUAGUGGGGAUGCAAAAUGGUGUAAAGGGAACUCUACCAGCCAGAAGUGGAUUCAUUUACUAAUUCAUCGAGGGAUUUCUGGGUCAGUUAAGAAACAAAUGGGUGUCCAGAACAUGACUGGUUGAGAUGAAAAAAUUCCUAUAAAUUGUUUCAUAUUGGCUUCAGAGGCCGUUUGUGAAGAUCAACACUUUACUUUACAAUCCACGGGUUGAAGAUUGAAACUGGGAUUUAAUAUCAACUAAUGGCUAAAUUCUGACCAAACUCUGAAUUUCAUACCUGUUUUAGGUAAAAAUAUUCCUGUGAAAUUACAACUAUUUUAUUAUGAAAACAUGAAGAAUUCUAUCAGUUGUAGGUGUUGGUGUGGUUGGCGGCAGCAGGUGGAGCAGCACCUUCCCAGGGGUCGUGAUGUGUGAAUAAUGUGUGAUGUUUGCGGUUUUCUGGUCUGAACGUCAGACAUUUGACCUAAAGAGUAAACAUUCAGGAACCAGUGGUUUAGGUUUUAUCUUUGACCAGCUUCACCCCGUGAGGAUCAAGCAGCGGUCGCUUUUAACACGAUUCUUACUGUGUGUCUUUUAGUUGAUUUUCUUUUUUUUCGUCUUAAACUUUGUUUUAGUGGCAGAAGUAGCAAUAUCACAUGUGCGGGUUAAGGCCCGGUCGGGUCCAGUUAGAACCUUGGUGCUGCUCCACAGCUGUAGGCGAGCUGCAGCACAAACGUGUUGUUGGACUCUCAGUUCGGCUCCCGUCGUCCUGGAUCGAAAUCAAAGCCACUAAUGUUCCCGUUCAACGGCUCAGUGGACACGGACGUGUUCUAACUGCAGUGAAACACGUGAACGUGCUGCUGGAGCACUGACGUCAUCAGCUGCACUUUAAUGUCUCUGUUCAGAUCUUUUUGGUAACUGAGGAACUUUGAAAUGAGCUUUAAUGUGAAGUCAGACUCUGUAUAUAAAUGUUUUUGUACUUUUCUGACUGGGAGCAAAUGGAUUUUUGUGGCUUGUUUUCAGUUGGAUGUGAUGGAACCUUUUGUAACCUUUGUUUAAUUUGGCUGUACAGCGCAUGAAGCGUCCCUUCACUGUCACCCACCUGCUGUGUUACUGUACAUACUGUCACCACUAAAGACGAGCUGUCAAUCAAACCAGCGUGAGUCACAAAACCAUUAAAUGUGUUUCAGACUCAA